GUAGAUGGCAGUCAAGAUGCUGUGAUUAACCUGAAGACGACAAAGAAGACAUCAAAACAUCACUUCCGCGUUCAUUGAAACUAGUGACAAGCCGUUAUUUCUCUUCUCGGAGAAUUGUGCGUCUUUGCUGAGCGCUUUUCAGAAGAUGGUUGACGUUAAAGCCUGGGCGGAGUAUGUGGUGGAGUGGGCCGCCAAAGAUCCCUACGGCUUCCUCACCACCAUCAUCCUGGCCUUGACCCCACUUUUCAUCGCCAGCGCUCUACUUUCCUGGAAACUCGCGAAGAUGAUCGAGGCCAGGGAUCGUGAGCAGAAAAGAAAACAGAAGCGACAGGAAAACAUAGCGAAAGCUAAGAGAGCCAAAAAGGACUGAACUGAAACAGCCAAGGGAUUCGCAGGGAUCACUGCAAAUUUUCCUGUAUGUAAAAACAAAAAAUAAAAUAAAUAAGCCCCAUUCUUAGCUGUGCAGAACCUAGAGCAGGUCCUGCAGGGGCUGUGGGUGAAAUGGGGCUUUGGGACAGCCUUAUCGCUCGCUACGAGAGUGCACGUCAAGUGGGCUGAUUAUCUCUUUUGCAGAACUGCAGUGUUAUUUUUGUUGUCUUUCGGGGGGAAGUUCACUGCUGUAAGAUAACAGCACUCGCCAUUCCAAUAUUUUUUAAUGCUAACCUUUUCCAACACCAAUCCACUAAAGUUUUUAUUGUUAUUAAAAAAGCUUAACAGCCUGCCCUGUCUUAA